CCCCACGACCACGAAAGCUGAGGGCACCCGAUCACGUCGUAUAAAGGCUUCCGUCUGGGCAAACGAUAGCCAUAGAUCACCUCUAAUAGCGCAGAAGCUUCCUCGAGCGUGCGCACCUAUUUGCAGCCUCAAGCGCUGACGUCGCCUGCCUGGUUCCUGCAAGCCUUCGCGACCUCUUGUCCAAGCGUCCACAGAGCCCAAAGAUUAUACUAGAUAGCUGAGACAUAGCAAGCAACCGCCGCCAUGUCGAACUCGGUCGUGGGCGGAGUCUACCAACAGAUCAUGGAGAAAGUGAUACAGGCGUCCCAGAACGACUUUGAGGAGUCUGGCGUCGACCAAAGCACUCUGGAAGAGAUGAAGCAGGGUUGGCAAGAGAGAUUGUCGGCGCUCAAGAUUGCCCAUCUGCCAUGGGACCCCGCCCCAGAGCCUGUCCGCCAGCCGCCUACGGUGCCCUCUAACGUUAAGGUCGAUAAUGAGAUCCCACCGUCCUCUGGGCCAGUAAACGCGGAGGGGGGCUACCAGCAACCUAUUCCCAACUACCCACAGGCCCAACCUGCGACCAAUGGAUACAAUGGCGGUUAUGACCAAAAUUCACAGUUGGCGCAACAGCGGGCUGCUGCUCUGAUCCAGCAACGCGUGCAGCAGCAAGGCAAUGUACACCAGCAAAACUAUCCCAACAUGCCUCAACAGGGCCAUUUGCCCCAGAUGCCAAUGCAAGGUCAGCAGCAGCGCAUGAUGGCCCCUCAACAGCAGCAGCAUCAUCAUCAGCAACAGCAACAGCAAAUGCCGCACCAGCAAACGCAACAACAGCAAAUGCAGCAGCAACGACCGCCGCAUCAAACCCAGAUGUACCCGUCGCAGACGGAUGGCCCAGACGAUGCUCUGGCAGACUGGGAGGCGUUCAAGGCUGCGCGUGCUGCUUCAGCUGUAGAGCGCAUGGCUGCCGACGACUUUAUGCGUGCUCGUGUUGAUGCCAUGGCGAUGCGCCAGGAUAGUGGUCUGAUGGUGCCUCUGGACUCGAUGCCGAAAGGCAAGAAGCGAAAGGCUGCUGUUCGUGUCCUACGAGCCGAGGAUGCUGCAGCUUCAACCAGUGUCCCCCCGCCUGCUCGCUUUGACGGCGAUGACGACGUCAAGCUGGAGGAGGAUCCCGACGAUGCCAUCAACUCUGACCUCGACGAUUCAGAGGACGAGCUGAAUGACGGUGACAAUAGCGACGAUGAUAUGGUAGACUACAUGCUGUGCACCUAUGACAAGGUCCAGCGUGUCAAGAACAAGUGGAAGUGCACUCUCAAGGACGGCAUCCUCACCACGAACAAGAAGGAGUAUCUAUUCCACAAGGCAAAUGGUGAAUUUGAAUGGUAGAUAAAAAACCAUCAGCAAACCACACUAAUACCCGUGGUAGCUGAACUCGAGUUCUGAAGUCCCCUUCCUUCAGCCCGCACACAAACGGCACAGCACACGUCCCUACCCAAGACGCAAAAAGCCCCCUGACACAACAUGGACAACUACCAUUUGUACACUACCAAGACAUGAAUCGACUUUCCAUUACUCUCUCUUCGUUUUCUUUCCCAACGACUGUUAUUCUGGCGUCCUCAAAGAACAAACGCCCGGUAGCCUGAAUGGCGAUAAACAUACUCAGAAUGGAUUCCUUAUUUUCACCCCGCCCGAUCAAACCUGUUUUUUUUCAGAUUAUUCCGCGAAAACACGCGUAUAC